AUGCACACGACUGCAAAUCGCGAUGGACCGAACGGGGACGGAGAUUGUUCCGCAUCCAUCUACCGAGCGUUGAGGACGGGGUUCCGGCACUUCGACACUGCCGCGUCAUACGGGAACGAAGCGUCCAUCGGCAAGGCCGUCAAGCAGUGGACGUCCGAGGGUCACGGCAACCGGGAGGAUCUGACCCUUACAACCAAAUGGGGCUUCUCUCAUGAUCCUAAGGAGGAGCAUGAUGCAGAUGGUCUCCUACAGCAGAGCCUCUUGCAUCUGGGCGUUGACUACAUCGAUCUGAUGCUCAUGCAUCACCCUCAUGUACCGCCUUAUACACUGCAAGAGGCGUGGAAGAAGAUGAUCGUAUGGCAGAAGCAAGGCAAAGUGCGAUCGAUCGGUGUCAGCAACUUUGCCGCGGAUCACAUUAUGCAGCUCGCGCACACUGGCACCAUGCCUGCUGUCAAUGAGAUCGAGUUCCACCCGUACAGCUUUUCCGAUCCGCAAGUCCUGAAGGCGGUGGCAACAUGCCAAGAGCUUGGGAUCGCCAUCGGAGCAUACACCACUCUGGCCUCCUUGACUCGCAAGGAGUUCCAAGGAGGACCGGUCGAUGAGGUUGUCAGGCAUAUCGCUGAGGACCAGAAGUGCACAAAAGCCCAAGUACUUCUUGCUUGGGCACGUCAGCGUACUGGCGGAGGACCGAUCGUCACCACCGCUUCAACCGAAAAGUACUUUCAGGAGACCCUCGACUCCCUCAAAGUCAAUCUGAGCGACGAGCAGCUCGGCGAGAUCGACCGGGCGGGCAUGCAAUCGGCUAUCAGGCGGCGAUAUGCGCUCAACGUCUUCCCCAACGGUCCCGUCGCAGACCGCAUGGUUGACGGGAAGCUGUAG